AUGGCUCAAAGUAGUCCAGUGGAGGAGUCUUGGAACCAGACCAAUCUUAAUGAGUUCAUUCUGGUAGGAUUUUCAUAUUUAGCUGAACUGCAAAUAUUGCUGUUUUUGUUAUUUCUGGUGACAUACCUGAUCACCUUAGUGGGUAACAUCCUCAUUAUUCUGCUUGUAAAACUCAACCAUUCUCUUCAAACUCCCAUGUACUUUUUCCUGGUGAACCUGUCAUUCUUAGAAAUUUGUUACACCACCAGUGUGGUGCCCCAGAUGCUGAUACAUUUGUUAACAGAGCAUAAAAACAUUUCCAAAGCAGGCUGUGCAGCCCAAAUGUACGUCUUCACCAUUCUGGGACUGACAGAAUGCUGCCUCCUGGCAGCCAUGGCCUAUGACCGCUAUGUUGCGAUAUGCCAUCCAUUGCACUACACAGUCAUCAUGAACCGCCAGGUAUGUACACAGCUGUCAGCUGCAUCAUGGGUUACUGGCAUCUCAGUGGAAGUUGCUCAAACAACAUGGAUCUUCAGCUUACCGUUUUGUGGUUCUAAACACAUCCAACACUUCUUCUGUGAUAUCCCACCACUGGUGAAAAUGGCAUGCACAGACACCUUCAAAAAUGAGAUUGUAGUCUUAGCAGUGUCAAUACUUUUUAUCAUGAGUCCAUUUUUGCUAAUAAUCCUCUCCUACAUCCGUAUAAUUUCCACCAUCCUCAAGCUUCCUUCAGCAGAGGGAAGAAGGAAAGCCUUCUCUACUUGCUCCUCACACCUCACAGUUGUGACCUUAUUCUAUGGGACAGCACUUUUCACUUAUCUAAGGCCCAAGUCUAGUUCAACUCCGGGAAGUGACAAAAUGAUCUCCCUUAUGUACACCGUUGUGACUCCAGUUCUAAACCCUGUAAUAUAUACCCUAAGAAAUAAAGAAGUCAAGGGAGCAUUCAAGAAGACAGUUGCAAGAAUCUUAUUGAAUCAUGAACUCAGAAAUAUGCAGAUUUCUGAUCACAAACCAACACAUUUCUUUUACAUCCCUAGCAGUAACACAGUCCAGAUACAGGAUGGCAGCUCUUUUCACUGUUUGACAGCAGAAAUGGAGAACCCUGGUGGAGCAGCUGGACUUCAGGUGAGCUACUGA